AUGCCAGACCCCCUAUACGAUACCGACAUUGCGGCCACGCACGACAGCCUCGAGCACAACGAUGACAACUUAGUGACCUCUCACGAAGAUGUACGAGCGGCACAAGUCACCAACGGCCUUGGCGAGGAGGCGAUCGGGGACCCUGGACGCGAACUGGCUGUGUCUGAGACACAGUUCGACAACGACCUCGUCGCGCCACAUGGCGAAAGCUCCAACAUCCAGAACGUGCUACGAGUACACAAACAAAGCCAAGAUCAAGAUGGGUCUGCUGGGCUUGCUGUCGAUACUCCAGCCACUUUCCACACGCCGCUACUGACCACUGUCACGCUCUUCUCGCGCCCAAUGGAUGAAGAAAUCGGUACUGGACAGGGUUUCACGUACGGCAAAGCGAGCAAGCCGCCUCUCGACAUGAGAGGCAUACGCAAAGGAGGCACAGCAGCUGCAUCGCUUGAGCCCACAACAGCCAUAGAAGGUCAGAAUCAAGAGCAGGGUUUCGACGGAGAUGCAUCUAUCGCACCAGCAAACACCGACUAUGCGAAUGGAGCGGCCGAUCGGCAACUUAUCGAAGGUUUGGGCAAUGCUCAUAUACCUCUGGCACCAAACAUUGACACAGCAGUCUCAACUCCAAUGCAGACCGCAGCAUCGGUCCUGAUCAGGAAGAAACGCAAGAAGCGUGUUCUCCAGAGCUCGAAUCUGGCAGGACCAAACAAAGAACAAGGAGCAGUUCCUGUCCUCCUGAACAGUGCCGAGCCCCAUACGAAGGACCAGGUGCAGACAUUCGCAUACGUUGGCAGAGCGGCCGAACUCGACACUGCUACUCAGUACCGCGAGCAAAAUACUGGAGGGAGUGGUCACUACGCGGGCGUGGCACAACAGAAGGGCAUGAUCCUUCAUCACCCAAUCGCUUCUGCUCAAACAAACCUAGAUGAUCUUGGUAUGGUCGUUGAUGCUAGGCCACACGUCGGUGGCCCAUAUGUUACGGCAAUCGACGCGGAGCGUACUGAGGAGGCUUUCGCAGAAUUACCGAAGCAGCCUCACUUGACAGACGUGCUCCCUUCAUCAACUCGAGAUGCUGGCCACGCAGACUGGCACGGUAUGCUGAGCCGCAAUUCCAGAAGACGCAGCCGCCAUUCAACUUAUCACCGUGAACGGGAGCCUGAGAGCGAUGCUGUUAGUCAGACUAUGGAAGAAGCCUUGGAAGACAUCCAUGACAAGCAUCAACGUGAGAAAAGCAAAGCUCGUGCUGAUGUGCAGAAGCUUAACGCAGAGCUUGAGCAAACUGUCGAAGCCAGAGAGGCUUUGCAGGUAAAACUCAACCAUACGCUGCAGCAGAACGACAAGAUCGCGACAAUGCUGAAGCAGCAGGAAGGCAAAGUCUCAGCUUACAAGGUCAAGUUGAAGUCUUUCCAGACUUUCAUGGAUACCAUGAAGACGGACCUGGCCGACCUGAAGCGGACUCAUAAGGAAAUGUCUAAAGCCAAGGAGCGCCUUAUCCACACCUGUCAAGAACGUGAGCUUGAGCAUGAAGAUCUCUACAAGCGCCUGCAGCAGAUGGCCACUCGGGUCGCCAACGACAGGGAACAGGGACUUGAAGCCUCUCGUGAGCUCAAGACGGAGCUCGAUGCUGCCCGGGUUCGCAACGAGUACCUCGAAAGCUACCUUAGUGAUACCAAAGGCUCCUUGAUCGAGGAACGCGACCGUAGAUCUCAAGUGGAGGCACAGCUUGCUGCCAUGGCGGAAACACUGAGCACCACUCAUCAUCAUCAUGAGGCCGUCCUGGAGAAGCUGGAAGAGAUCGACAUUGUACUCAGCGCGUCUACAGCUCGUGAGCAGCUCACUGGAUUUGUGGAGAAAGUGUCAGCCGCGCUCAGAGGACUAGACGGCCAGCAGACUGAUACAGCUAACGACGUGGUCUCGGUGAUAGAACUCUUAAAGACCUUGUCAGAAGAAUUGAUGACGGCCAAGAAGCGUGAGGGCGAGGCUGACGCCAAUGAUGCAAUACUGCCACAAAUACGAGCUAGCCUCCGAGACGCCUUCACAGAACUGAAGUCUGAUCUCGAGCAGCGUGAGCAGCUUAUGCAGCAGGAUGCUGCACAGCAGGAGAGCUUCGCUAUCCUACAAGACAGGCACCAGACAACGAGCGAUCAGUGUAGGGAUCUGCAGGCUCAAUUGAACAGCCUUCGUCAGGAUGAGCUUCAGCUCCAGAAUUCCAACACGUCUUUAAGAGCCAAGCUCACUGCACUAGAGAAUGUGUCGCAGCCUGAAAUGACUCCGGGCAAUGUCACGGAUGGCGACGAGGAUGCCUUGAGCGCUGCCAAGCUCGACUUACACAGCAAGACGGAAGAGUUGCAAGCUAUACGUAGCGAGCUCAAUGAUGCGCAUGAACAGCUGCAGUCACUCCGCAUCCAAGUUCAAGAAGCUCAUCGUCGGUCUACCAAGGCUGCGACCCAGCGAGAGCGACUGCAGGACGACCUCGAGACGCAGCUUGAUCGAGUUCGUUCCGAGAUGAGACGACAUUCCGAUAAGGUCCUCGAUGAGAGGAUGGCCGAGUACAAGAACCGCAUGCGUGAAUUGAUGAGCGAAAGUGAGCUGUACAGCAACAGAGUACAGCCUUUACAGCUCGAGCUCUUGGCCAGUCAAGCUGUGAUCGCUGAGGCACACCAGGCUGCCGCGUCAACGCAAGCCAAACACGAAGAAGCCCUUCUGAGAGCAACAGGAGAAGCGCAGAGUUGGAAGCAGAAGGCCGAAGCGAACGGAAGCAUGGCAGAGGAGUCGACAAAGCAGAGUCUCGGUGGUGUUUCGCACAAGCUCGCCGCGGCGCAGACGGACUAUGAGAGGACGAUCGAACAGAAGGCUGCUCUUACCAAACAUAUCGAAGGUUUGCAGAUGGCCAUGCAGCAGGCCCAGAAGGCACACGACGACAGCGACAAGCAACUCAAGGAACAGCAGCACCAGCACGCCGCCUCCCUUAGCGACGUCACCGAAGAGUUGGCCACCGCGAAUGCAACUAUUGAGCGUCAUAACGCUGGGCUAAAGCAUCUGACCGAUGAGUUUGAGCGUGCCAUGGAGGUCGAAAAGCAAAAAAGUGCCAUCAAUCUCAAGGCUCAGCAAGACCGGCUAACACAAGCCCAAGAUGAAUUACAGCAGGAGAAAAAGAAUGGUGAAGAUUUCCGUGUUGAAAUUGAGCGAGCAUGGAAGGCAGAUACGGAGGAGUACGAUGGCAGAUUCAAAGCUCUCUCACGGGAGCUCACUCAAGUGGCAACCCAGCGCGACCAGAUGAUCGCAGAGAAUGAGCGCUUCCGCAAUCAGAUCCAAGACAUUGCAACCCAACAUCAGCAGGGUCUGGAAGUCGUAGCGAGUGAUGACACGCGUGAUGUGGCUGCUCCACCCGAUGCUCGUCCUCUAGUUGACGACAUCACACCAGCUGUCAGCAAUAAGGAGAACGACCCGCCACGUCCGCGCAAGAAGGUGGAUCGUCAAUCGCUGACGGUGAUCGAGACAACUCCUAUCCCAAUCCUCGAAGUGCUCCGUCCGGACUCGCGGCAGAGGAGUGCAGAUGCUACUGUACGUGGGCCGGUUGUAGAAGAGUCGCAGCUUCAAGACACAACUGUGCAUGUUCCAGCAACGCAGGAUGAUAAUGAGGGAGGCUUCAGUACCGACGGCCGGGGUCCACUCGAUGUUAUUCCGAAUGUCAGCGACGAUAUGAUCGACAAUGCUUCGCUUGGCGCACAGCAUCCAAGCCAUGUUGUGGAGGAGACACAGUUCGAUGACAACCUUCCAUCUUUCGCCGCAUUCAACAGCAAUACAUCAACGGCUGCACCCAGGCACAAGAUCGUAUCGGUAUUUACAGUGCCCUCAGCCGCUGAUGCCCACAGCCAGGGCGGAAGGGCAGCAGCUCGCAGAGAAGGGUCGCUCCACGGCCCGCCUGGCACUUCCGAAAGCUUCUCGAUCUACGAGGAUCAGAUGUCUCAGACCUCACUGCCUUCGCAAUCGCAGCUGCAGAACAGCUUGACAUGGUCGGACGCCGAAAAGGAGAAGUACACUUUUCGCAAAUCUUUCCCCAAACCAAACAGUGCCUCCAAGAUGGCUCCUCGCAACGACGAUCACGAUGUACAACACCGUACCGAGUCUCGCUCUAACAAUCCUGCUUUUCGCACACCACCUUUCCGUAAUGUUAGCGACAGAGCCAGUAGCAACCACAGCAGCACGCCCGACUACAUCAAUGCCGCUGGCACGAACCAUCAGCAGGUGAACAUCGAUUCUGGUGGAUACGACUCUGUCUCGAAGCGCCGCAUAUCUCGUACCGACUCCCAGACCAAAGCUAAUCCCGAUCCGCGCUUGCUCCCACGUAAUACAGCUGCUCCGCUUGCAGCAAGCAAACGUAAAGCGGAAGCACCUCACAUCGCAGAAGGCUACGAGCACGAGCGCAAGAAGCGUAAGAAUGCUGCAGCUUCGAAGCCGCAGAACCCGUCAGGCCGCUCCUCUCUCCGCACCAGUUCUCAAUCUUCCAUCAACGACCUGCCUCAGAUGCCGCACUCGAGUUCGUCUCGUGGUGGGCCUGCGCAGUCUUCUUCGCGUAUGCGUACACUUGGUGGGAGCACUUCCCGCGCUGCUCGUGGAAACAAGAAGGCGUCCAAGAGUGACCAGUUCAAUGCGCGCUUCUCCCAGGAACUACGUUGA